GGGACACAAAUCACUCCCAUUUUAACAAGGGGAAUAACACGGGAUAUGCUGCCACAAGGGCCCACCUUUUCUUGAUUUGCCAUUUCUCAUUCAUUUGCUUUUUACACAAAGAUCUUUGGUGGAAAAAAAGACUAAGGAAGAAAAAACUUGUCAGGGAAUGAUGACACACGAUCUCGCACCGUCUGGAAGCUAUACUUGAUCCCAUUGUUUCUUAAACUGACAUCUGAGCCUUUUUUUACGAAGGCUCUUAAUACAGAAGGGACGUGGGCUAAUCUCAAGUGAGCUUUUUGCGCUGUUCUGUUAAACUGACGUUUUGAAAAAAAAAAAAAUCUGGAACGCGCUUUCCUGGUGCGGAAACCUGGAUACUGAUACGCGUGCUUCUUUGAUACAGUUUGUUUUUGUUUUUGUUUUAUUUUGUUUUUGUUUUUUAAUUCAAGAAAAGGAAGUAAGAAAACAGACACCUGCGUGCAGACAGCGCACUUUCGUCCGCACGUGGUUAAGAAGCAUUUUUUUUUACCCCUGAUCUGAAGAAAGGGAAUCGGGGAAAUAAAGCAUAAACGGAUAUCGAGGGAAGUCUGAAACAAUCUGUUUUCAUGUUCGGGAUUCAGGAGAGCAUUCAAAGGAGCGGGAGCAGUAUGAAAGAGGAGCCGCUCGGAUCGGGGAUGAACGCGGUGCGAACAUGGAUGCAAGGAGCCGGGGUGCUGGAUGCAAACACGGCCGCCCAAAGUGGAGUGGGUCUUGCCCGGGCGCACUUCGAGAAGCAACCGCCGUCAAACCUUCGGAAGUCCAACUUCUUCCACUUCGUUUUGGCUCUGUACGACAGGCAAGGACAGCCAGUGGAAAUUGAACGGACUUCUUUCCUUGGCUUUGUUGAAAAGGAAAAGGAAACCAACGGAGAGAAGACGAACAACGGUAUACACUACAGGCUACAGCUCCUGUACAGCAACGGUAUCCGGACGGAGCAGGACUUCUAUGUGCGGCUGAUCGACUCCAUGACCAAGCAGGCAAUCAUAUAUGAAGGUCAGGACAAGAACCCGGAAAUGUGUCGGGUGCUGCUGACUCAUGAGAUCAUGUGCAGUCGCUGCUGUGACAAGAAGAGCUGUGGAAACCGCAACGAGACGCCUUCUGACCCCGUCAUCAUCGACAGGUUCUUCCUGAAAUUCUUCCUGAAAUGCAACCAGAACUGCCUGAAGAACGCGGGGAACCCACGGGACAUGCGGCGGUUCCAGGUGGUGGUCUCCACCACGGUGAACGUGGACGGUCAUGUCCUGGCCGUGUCGGAUAACAUGUUCGUGCACAACAACUCCAAACACGGGAGGAGGGCCCGCCGGCUCGACCCCUCCGAGGGUACGGCGUCUUACCUGGAGCACGCUGCCCCCUGCAUCAAAGCCAUCAGCCCCAGCGAAGGAUGGACAACAGGGGGCGCCACCGUCAUCAUCAUCGGGGACAACUUCUUCGAUGGACUGCAGGUCAUCUUCGGCACCAUGCUGGUGUGGAGCGAGCUCAUCACCCCUCACGCUAUCAGAGUGCAGACUCCGCCCCGACACAUCCCCGGCGUGGUGGAGGUCACUCUGUCCUACAAGUCCAAGCAGUUCUGUAAAGGCACGCCUGGUCGCUUCAUUUACACGGCGCUGAACGAGCCCACCAUUGACUAUGGCUUCCAGAGGCUGCAGAAGGUCAUCCCACGUCACCCCGGAGACCCGGAGCGCUUACCGAAGGAAGUGAUUUUGAAGAGGGCAGCAGAUCUUGUAGAAGCUCUGUAUGGAAUGCCACAUAACAACCAGGAGAUGAUCCUGAAGCGGGCGGCGGAUAUCGCGGAGGCGCUGUACAACGUCCCGCGGAAUCACAACCAGCUGGCGGGGCUGGGGAACGCCUCCGUGCACGGCGGCAUGAUGGGAGUUAACUCCUUCUCCGGCCAGCUGGCCGUCAACGUGUCCGAGACCACGCAGGGCAACAACCAGGGUUUCAGCAGGAACACCAGCAGUGUCUCUCCGCACGGUUACGCCCCCAGCUCCACGCCUCAGCAGGGCAGCUACAGCUCAGUCAGCACCAGCAUGAACGGCUACAGCAGUGCGGGCAUGACCAACCUGGGGGGCUCGCCCGGGUUCCUGAACGGGUCCGCCGCCAACUCGCCCUACGCCAUAACCCCAGGUCUCUCUCUCCCUGCAGUCGUGCCCUCCAGUCCCACCAUGGCCUCCUCCACCAGCCUGCCGUCUAACUGCAGCUCCUCCUCGGGCAUCUUCUCCUUCUCUCCCGCCAACAUGGUGUCGGCCGUCAAGCAGAAGAGCGCCUUCGCCCCCGUGGUCCGGCCCCAGGCCUCCCCGCCCCCCACCUGCACCAGCACCAAUGGGAACGGCCUGCAAGAGCAGUCUUUUGUGGACUCUAGCAAGUACUCCACCUCCAGCUCACUGCAAGGCCUGGCUUUUCCCUGACUGAUUCCCGGGAUGAUCGUCCCUCCCAUGUAACGGGGAUCGGACUGAAGGAGAGAGCGCGUUUGACUGCGUGGGUUUGGGUUCCAGGACUCCGGAUUCGGAUCGAACCAAACCGCUGAAGAAAUGAAGACUAACUCAGGCCUUGUUGUUGUUGUUUUUUUGUUUUGUUUUUUUUGUUUGUUUUUUGAGAAGUCACAUUUGAACAAGAACAAUCGCAGCAACUUUACCUGCUUUUUAAAUUUGUAAACAUUGUUAUACACUUUUUUGUGUGAGGAAGGGAUGAUACGAAGAAGGAAGGCCACGAAUGACCCCGUUUCCCCUGGGCCGCCCAUGAGGACGGUCGCUUCCUGUUUUGUUUUUUGUUUGUUUAUUUGUUUGUUUUUUUUCCUGGAAAGGGUAUGCCUAUCCAUUCGCUUAUUUUGCUGUGUAUUUUAUUUUCUCAGAGAAAGCUAAUUGAUCGCCCGUUUUUACUAGCUGUAUUAUACACGAAGGACACACACAAGUUGUAUUAAUUAAGUCUGCCAGGGUGGUGUAAAAGUCAGAAGAGAAACUGGCUAACGCGUCGCCGGGGGAAACGAUAGCGGGCGGCGCGGAAUGCUGCAGCGCGGAGCCCUGCGAUGGAGUUCCGGAGUUUUACAAGCGUUCGUAGUGACAUCAUUCUCAGCAGGUGCCUGUGGCGGUUCUAACUCAGCCAGAUCGCUGACAUCUAGCCCAAACGUCUGCGUUUCCCCCCCCCGCGCGAGAGUCGAGCUGAUCUGCGGGGUUAUUGAUACUCUCCGUGCGCGCUGCGCUCCAGACAGCAGAUGCUGACGACCGACAAACUGCCAACGAAGCAACUCCGCCAUUCUGUUUCUUUAGCGCUCAUUUCCCCACAUAUAAAACCUGCAGACACACAGCUGCCAUAAGCAGAGCCUGGGAACCCUUUCGUUUGAGAAUAUCCGUGGUGAGUGCCACAUUAGGAUGCUUUCAGCAUAGCUAUAUGUCGCCCGAGCAAUCUGUAGUCCAACACUGGCUUUAUCCGGGGCUUUUUGGAGUCAUGAGGGAACAUAUGUCUUGUUGCCAAUAGCCCUAAAAUACCCUACUAUCACUGUCUGGUGUCUUAACAGAAGGCAAUGCCAAUGCGUUGUGUAUUUAAAUCUAGCCUAUUUUUUAAUUGGUAUUUAUUUAUAUAAAUAUAUGUUUUUUUUUCUUCCUAAAUAAUGUCACCCUCUUGAAGGUGGUUGUGUGUGAUAGAAAUCUCCUUUAAUACGCAGAAGGUUGCCAUUCUCCAAAGCGAGCCCAUUCUUCCAUUCUGUCUGCUGCCUGUCCUCACGCCAUCACUGUGUUUUUAGGCCUCGAGAUGAAAUGAUUUCCACCUCCUGUCCCAGGAGACCCAGGGGGGAGAAGGAAUCAAUAUUCAUUCAAGUUUCAUAUUUUUUAAACCUUUGCUGCUAUUUAGUGCAGGAGUACCCUUGAAGGAAAAAAAAAGAAAAAACACAAAAACUUAAAAUUCAGUCUGGGUUUGUUGCCAUUUAACUUUCACUAAAUAAAUGAAGUGGUUUAUAUUUUUAGUAGGCUGUGGUGCUAUAUUUUGUCGAUUGGUUGAUAUACUAUUUGUUUUGUUUUAGUUUUGUUUACUUUGCAUAAGGAAACUGUGACCAGGAGAGGUAGAAUUUAAGCAUGCGCUAUGUAGCUAAUUUUCCUUUUGUAACGAUUACCAUUAGGAAGCCCCAGGGUGGACAGUUCGGACGGCAGAAAGCGUGGACUGUGUGUAGCGAUCGAGAUUUGAGGCCUGUGUCUUACCGCUGCAGUUGUAUAGUUCUCCAGUUGUGCAGAAGCAGCCUGCCGGGGCUAACGUUGUAACAUUGAGGCCUAAGAGCGACCAGAACUACCUUUUUAUUUCAGUCACUCCUGAUCAUGUGUGUGAGUCGAGGAAGUAGCACCUGCUUUAUGUCUUAAAGUGAAGGACCGUAUCCCGUAAUACUGAGGGUGAAUGACCACCCCCCACACACACACACUACACACACACACUCACACACACACACACUCACACACACUCACACACACACACACACGCACACACACACCCGCAUGUGCACGUGCACACACACACAGAAACACACGCACACAGACAUGUAUACACGCACACACACACACACAGAAACACACACACCCGCAGGUGCACGUGCACACACACACACAAACCCACAUACGCACGCACACACACAUAAAAACAUAAAUGCACACACGCACACACUCACAUACGCCCAUACAAUUAAACCGACAAACAUGCAGAUACACUCUCACACACACACACACAUACGCAAACACACGCAAACCCACACAUGCACACACACGCUCAUUUAAACCCACAGACACAUGCAUGCACACACAAACACGCACUUGUGUAAGAGACUCAAUCUUAGUCUUUAGUUGUUUUGUUGCAUUUGUUUUGUACAUAGUAAUAAAUAUUAUAGUUUUCUGUGAUUUUAUUUUGUUUUGUUUUUGCCAAAAACAAUGUUUUUGUUCAUAGUCUAAAUAUAUUUAUACAUUAAGAUGUCUUAAGGCAGCUUAUAUAGCUUAUAGCAUCACUGAAGUUUAAGUCACAGCAUACCCAAGACUUCACUAACAGUAGCUCUCUGAAAGAUCAAAGGGAAAGUCUGAAUUUGCAGAAAACAAAGGGGACUUCUGUAAAAUAGCCAUAUAAAUAAUGUAUGUAUCUCUGAAAUGUGUACAUUGCUUCCCCUGGGUUUAUAUGAUUUUCCAUGUGUAAAAAGUGAUGAAAUGUCGGUCUUAUUUUGUCAUCCAUGUUAUUCAUGUCAUUUAAGUGUGAUUUUGAUAUUUUCAUUUGUACUUAGUAUUUUUGUGUUGUUCAAAAGGCCAUGCUUCCAUUUUAGCAUCCAUCCACAAAAAAAAAAGCCAUUGUCUAUUUUUGUAUUAUUUGUAAGUUAAUGAAAAAGAUUUUUUUUUUUGUUUGUUUGUUUGUUUGUUUUCUUGGAUUUGUUUAAUGUAUGAGAAAAUGAAGUAUCUUAUAUGAAUAGUUUUCUUAGUUAAGUAGAUUUUAAAGGGAUAUGAGUAUAUGCAUUUAUCUUUUGCUUUGCUUUCUGAGACGUACGGACAUGGACACUGUUUUAAGCUGAUAAUAUGCAUGGGCUGAGCUCCGCGGGAGUCUGCUCUGUGGGCCCUUCUGGGGAAGGAUAAAAACGCUUUUGUUUUCGUCA